CACCAGGCAUAUUGAGUUGUUACGUCUUUGGCUUGACGGGGAAAGUCUGGUCCACAAAGUCAGGAGCGCUCAGGCGUUUCUUUGCCAUUCCAGUUUCCAGCUGCACGGAGUCAGCGUCAGACGAUCUCUGAGUUCCCGCCAAGCCUCCAACCUCCCUCACCACCUCAGCGUACACAGUAGUGCGUCCCAGUCAUGAACAGUAACGGUAACAGCGAGUCAGGGAUUGGGAGUAACGGGAGCCCGCGGUCUAGCUCCACAGGGAGUGCGGAGGGUAGCCCCGGCCCCAGCACAGGGGGCAGCCCCGGCCCGAGCUCCGGCAGCAUGGGCGGGUCGGAGAGCUCGCCAGGCGGGAUGGAACUGCCCGGACCCCGGAGCAUCAGCCCUCCAACUCUCGGCGUCAGCACCCUGCGACACUCCUAUCCCGGCUGUAUGUCGGAGGCCAUCUUCCCGCACGACAUGGGGCGGCCCGGAGUGCAGAAGUUUGAAGGUAAGCGGCUGAUGUCGCACACGGCCUGUAAAGUGUGCGGGGACACCUCCAGCGGCAAGCACUACGGCAUCUACGCCUGUAACGGCUGCAGCGGCUUUUUCAAACGCAGUGUGCGCCGCAAGCUCAUCUACAGAUGCCAGGCUGGAAAAGGGAUGUGCACCAUUGACAAGGCCCACCGGAACCAGUGCCAGGCAUGCCGGCUGAAGAAAUGCCUGGCUGCCGGCAUGAACAAGGACGCCGUACAAAAUGAGCGGCAGCCCCGUAACAGUGCUCAGGUGCGUCCGGACCAAAUCGACAUGGACACGGACCCGGCUGUGAUCGCCACGGCUCGUGACUCCCUCCCCGCCCCCAUCCUCCACACACAGCGCGCCGUCAACGGCAGUCCGCCCGCCGGACACCGCUUCAUGGCCAGCCUCAUGACGGCCGAGACGUGUGCCAAGCUCGAGCCUAAAGAAGCCGAAGACCAGCAGUACGUUGACGUCACUAGCGUAUCGCCCGAACGUCCUGAAGUUCCCGAGGCCAUCCACCUGUACCCGUCCGCCCAGGAGAACAUCUACGAGGCCUCGGCACGUCUGCUCUUCAUGGCCGUCAAGUGGGCCAAAAACCUGCCGGUCUUCGCUAACCUGCCUUUCCGCGACCAGGUUAUCCUUCUGGAGGAAGGAUGGGGCGAGUUAUUCCUCCUGUGCGCCAUCCAGUGGUCCAUGCCCUUUGACACCUCUCCGCUCGUCUCACCAACCGAGCAUGCCCAGAGCGGCGGCUCGGGCGCCACCUUGCAGGACCUGCGUGCCCUGCAGGAGAUGGUGGACAGAUUCAAGGCCCUGGAAGUGGACCCUUCCGAGUUCGCCUGUUUGAAGGCUGUCGCGCUCUUUAAACCAGACACCCGCGGGCUGAAGGACCCUCUGCAGGUGGAGAAGCUGCAGGACCAGGCACAGCUGAUGUUAGCCGAGCACACCCGCAGUCAGAACCGGAACCACCCCAUCAGAUUCGGCAGGUUGCUUCUGACGCUGCCCUGCCUCCGCCAUGUUGGACCGGAUCGUAUCGAAACGAUUUUCUUCCAGCGGACCAUCGGCAACACACCAAUGGAACGUCUUCUCAGCGACAUGUUCAAAAACUAAUGAAAUUCAAAAUUGAUGGCGUA